UGAUGCGGUGAGGAUAGAGGUGAAGAGGGGGCGGGCGUCGUUUGAUUUUCCGUUCGCGUUGCUCGUACACUUUGACUUUCGCUUCUUUCUUUCCGUUUGUUUUGUUUAUUUCGUUUCCGCGGCGCCGUGUGAAGCUCGUGCGGUUGUAAAUUACGGCCGGCGCCCGCGUUAUUUUCGUUCUAAGCUUGGAGCGAGCGUAUCGCCUAGCUUUCACAGAAGAAAACAUUUUAGUGCGAGAGGUGUUUGGACUUUCAUAAAUAAUUCGGUUCCUGAUUGUGCCUGAGGACUUGUGGUGGUUCAGUGAUGUGUAGGAACUGAAGUAGCUCACCAUGUCGGUAUCCUCGACGGCCGUGGAGGUGUUGGACGACCGGGAUGCGGAGCCGCGGACUCCUAUGAAAAGACUCGGCUCCACGAGAAAACUCGCCGCUUUCAACAAUAUCAAAGCGCAGCUAUCGGAGCAGACGCGAGUGUUGGAGGCGCGCGCCGAGGCGGCGGCCGGCGUCGCCACCGAGCUACAUGACUACUGCAAGCGCCGCGCCGACCUCGAGCUCGACUACUCGCGCUCGCUGGACAAGCUCGCGCGGUACGCGACCCAGCGGCAUCGCGACCAGAGGCACAAACGCACAGAAUGGCAGCUAGUGGGCGCCUACUCCUGCUGGCAGACAGCCCUGGAGCAGACGCGGGCGCUGGCGCGGGACCACGCGGCUCUGGGCGAGCUGUACGGCGGCAGGCUGGCGGCCCGGACGCAGCGCGCCGCUGAAGACGUGGCUCGGAUGCACAGGAAGUGCAAGGAUAUCGUGCUGGAGCGUCAUGAAGAGGUCGGCAACGCGCUAGCGGAGGCAGGCGCGGCGGGCAAGGCGCGCGCCGCCGCGGCGACCGAGUGGCGCGCGGCCGCCGUCAAGCUGAGGCACGCCUACGAACAGCGUGAACGAGUGGCUGCAGCUGAACCGACUCGACAGAAGAAGCUGAAGGCGACAGACAAAGAACUUGAAAAGCGUCGCCAACGCCACAGCGAGGCGCGCGCGCGUGCGCUUCGGGCGAGGGCUGACUACGUACUGUGCCUUGAAGCGGCCAACGCCACACUACAGCGGUACUAUCUGGAUGACAUCGCGGAGAUUAUGUUGUGCAUGGAAGUAGGCUUCGAAUCCGUCAUCUCUCGAGUCUCCAAAUGCGCCGCCGAGGCGGACAGCUCGCGCGGCGCCGCGCUCACCGCCGCCGCUCGCACCCUCCUCGCUUGCGCCUCGGGGCUGGACGCACAGGCUGAUAGACAGAGGGUGAUGGAUGCGCAUGCGCAGGCGUUCACUCCGCCGAGGGCUACGGGGUACCAGGGCACGCCGCCGCUGCAAGAGGACGCAGAACUCGCCUCCACGCUCGGCGACGCAGCCCCCCCAGAAGACGAGAACACAUCAGCCGUGGACAGCGAGCUGGCGGCCAGGCUGGCGCAGCUGGAGGAGGCGGCCAUAGCGCUGCGGGCCGAGUGCCGGGAGCGCUCCAAGACCGUGCAGGCGGCCGAGGAGCAGCUCAUACUGCAGAUGGAAGGCGACGAGUCCACAUGGGACGUCACCGGCAUGUUCGGGGGCUCCGGCACCGCCGAGGACGCGCCCCCCGCGACCCCCGCGACCCCCGCCGCCGACACCCCGCGUAGAGAGCAAGAGGACUACUACUUGGCUAAGUUCCGCUCAUACGUCUGCGCGGCGGGGCGCCUAGCGCGGCUGGAGGGCAGGGCUAGGACACUGCGCGAGCGCCUCGUGCCGCCCGCGCAGCUGCCGCCCGCGCCCGCGCGCACCCCCGGCAACGCCUGCAACAGCCGCCUCUACGCCUCCCAGCCGAUGGUGAGCCGCGGUCAGUUCGCGUCUCCAUUAGACGAGCACCUCGCGGCCACGCGGCGCCCGCUGCCGCUCGUGCUCACCGCCUGCGUGCGCGUCAUCGCCACUUACGGUCUCCGCCACCAAGGCAUAUUCCGUGUGAGCGGCUCCCAAGUCGAGAUGCAGUCGCUGCGGGCCGCCUUCGACCGAAGACUGGACCCGUUGAGCAACGUGAGGGAUGCCUCGGAUAUUAACUCUGUGGCUGGACUGCUGAAGCUGUACCUCCGCGAGCUGCGCCCCCCCCUCCUGCCCCCGUCCCACCUCGACCGCCUCACCCGCCUGGCAGCCGUGCCCGACGACGAACAGUUCAAGCAGCGCAUGCGCGAGCUGGUCGCCGCGCUGCCCACCAGCUCCGCGCUCGUGCUGCGGUACCUGUUCGCGCACCUCGCCCACAUAGCGGAGUACAGCGACGAGAACAUGAUGGACGCGUGGAACCUGGCCAUCUGCCUGGGCCCCACGCUGCUGUGGGCGCGCGGCGACGGCGGCGGCCAGGUGGCGGCGCAGAACCAGGUGAACGAGCUAGUGAAGCGGCUGAUAGUGCAUCAUGAGGAAAUAUUCCCGCAAAAUGUCGCGCUCCACGCCGCCUACAGGAGAGAAGACUUUAAUACGGAAGACAACCCAUGCCCCGACGCAGAAGGCGACAUCUCAGUGGAAGCGGAAGCCUCGUGCUCGGGCUCAGAACAGAACGGGGACGAGCCGGACGGGGUCGACGACCUCUCGCUCUACGAUGAUGAGGAGGAAGAGGAGGAGGACGAUGAUGAUGAUGACAUAAGUGACGACACUGAGGCCGGCCAGUGGAAUGGAGAUCGAGACUCGGCUACAAAUGAGAGGCCGCCGAGCCCAGAGCGACUGCUGCCGGCCGCAGCUCAGGUGGCGCCCGCGCCCGACGCCGCCGCCCCCGCCGCGGAUUCCGGCAGUGGGCCUAGCAGCCGGCGACUAGCGGAGUGCACCCCUGACCUGGUGCUGGACCUGCCGGCGCGCGACCCCGCCGACACCUUCCUGCACAACCGGGACACGCUCAAGAAACGACCCCGGGCCAAUCAAUCAUCAUCCGGCGAGAGCGGCGCCGAGGAGCCUCCACCGGCGGAAGAAGAAGAAGCCCCUAAGCCCGAAGAGGCCGCCGCCCCCGCCGCCGCCGCCGCCACCGGCGCAGAGAGCCCCGUGCCCGCCAGGAACACCGCGCGAGUCGCCGCCAAGUUCGCAGACCUGACCCUGACCGGAGGCUCCCUGAAGCCAGCUCUAGCCGCCAAGCCAGCCCUACUGAGGAGGCCGACGCCGCACCCGCAACAUGCGUCGCCGGCUAGCACCCCGCCGAGGGUGCCGAAGCGAGAUGACAGCGCGUAAAGAGGUCAAAAGAUGUGUUUACAACCUAUUUCGUGGCCACAAAAAA